GACCAGUGUAGACAAACCCUUUCCUGCCUCCACAGAGCUCAUGAGCUGUCAAGCUGCAGAGCUGACCCACCUCACUGGGGACAGCUCAGCAAACACCACAGAUGAACUCCUGUGUGUUCUUGGCACCUCCAACUUCAGAUAACUGCAGGAAGCUGCCUUUGGAAUAGGUCCUCUUUCUAUGCCAGGUUUCUGACUUGCUCUAACACUGCUUUGAAAGGCAAGAUACCUUGCUUUCUUUUUUCCAUGGAAUUCCCAUUUUUUCAUGGGAAGAUAACAAGAAAAGCCUGUGAAGAGCUGCUGAGCAGGAAGAAGAAGAAUGGCAGCUAUUUAAUACGGGAGAGUGAGAGUGUGGAAGGAGCCUUGUGUCUCUGUGUUUUCUUUGAGGACCUCAUCUACACUUACCGUAUCUUCAGGGAACAGCAAGGGCAUUUCAGAAUACAGACUUCUGAAGGUGCUCCAGAAAUGACCUUCAAAACAUUAAAGGACUUAAUAUAUGCUUUUGAAAAGCCAAACCAAGGACUGGUAAUAAACCUCCGCUAUCCAGUGAAGAAACCGAACGACUUGCGAAGAAGCCAGAGGUGCAAGUCAGAAAUGGACAGCAUUUAUGAUGAAGUUGAUGACAGCGGUGAUUACGUCCAUGUCUUACCUUGAUGGGUCUGCACUGAUGGUUUGGGAAGCUGCUGUUCCAGGAUGUGCCCCAGCACAGUUCCUCAGCUGCAGAGAGCUUCCAGCUGGGUGUCCUCUGCUCCAGAUCUGGAAUUACCCUUCUCCUUCGGCAGAGUAGCUGUAUCUUCUACCAAAAGAUCCUGUACAAGCUAUUAUGCAUAUUUGCUCAGCAAUAAAAGAAAUGCUUUUUGUUACAGACUCAUACACACACAUAGGUAUGGGGGGAAGGUAGCUUGUGUCCAUGUAUGUGUCUUCUGGUGGUUUUUAGCCAGCAAAUUGUCCAAGAUGUUGACUGCUAGAGUGAACAUUCUGUUAGCAGGCAGCAAUAUAAGCACUUUAAAUGAAUGGGCAUAAAGCAGAAAUUCAUGGCAGAAUUGAUAAAAACCAUAUAUGACAAAACUAUUGGCAUUUAAAACCCCCAAACUCUGUUACUUUGCAUAUGAUUCACGUUACCUCAUUGUUGGAGGAGUGAACAGUAUUUCAGCAAUGUCAAGGAAUACUAGUAGUCCGUGGUUUGAAUAAUGCAAAUUAAAACAAAAAUCCUGUGUUAAAUCCAUGCCAUAAAAAACUAACCAACCAGAGGAAAAUUGUCUGAAAUACUUUUAAUGUUGAGAAAUGGUUCUGGCAGAUUACAAGAGGACUACAAGUUCUACAUGCAUGUCAGUGUGAACACAUCAUUUUUUAAUAGGUUCUGUACAUAUAGGAAUGCUUACUCCAUUUCAUUUUCUACUGGCAUUAGUUCUGUAUUAUGUAUAUUAUCUUUUGUUGUUUGUUUGUUUUAAAUGUAAGAAUUUGCUUUAAUAUCACCCUGAAUUUUAAAUAUUUAAUAAAUACUUUAGUUCUGAAGGUGGCCUGCAAUUAGCAGCCACAGCCAGAACUGGA